GGAACGUGACUUACGUCUGACGUAGUCGUCACGUGGUAGCGUGAACAGAAACAAACAUGGCGCCGCGAAAGUGAGGAAAAAAAAUCUGCUGCCCCUCCUGACAGUCAGCGCUCAGGGCUCUAUGAUUCUUCACAGAUGAGAGGAAGACGAGGACACUCUUCAUCAUCAGCAACUCGGCAGCAGAGCAGGAUGGCCCUGAGGAAGCAGCUGAUCCAGAACAUCUCCCCUGAUAGCCAACAACAAGAGGACAACACACAGGAGGACGGAGCUUCUGCUGACACAGAUAACACACAGGAUGAGCUCUCAUCUUUACUUUGGUCAACGUCAUCAGCACAAGAAAAUCGGCAGAAAGAGGGGGAGAUCCACUCCAAACGGAAAGAGAUGACCGAGGAGGAGAUGAUGGACCUGGCCGUGCGACUGAGCAGACAGGAAGCCAGCAAUACAGCACUGAAAAAGCAGCAGGAGAAUGAGGAUCUGAUGAAAGCCAUCCAGGAGAGCAUGGUCAACCAGGCACCAGCUUGUCUGAACUCUCCAAGUAAACCUCAGCUUGAUGGCGCCCCCGUAAGUGCCGGCUCCCGACGGAAACUCGCAUACUCCAACGGAGGGAAGGUGCCAGAGGAGGACUACACAUCAGAGGGUGACAUGAACUCAGGACAUGAAACUGUUGGCAGGAGUAAAAAGCGGAAAAGGGACACAGGCAGUCCUCUGCUGGAGAUGCCAGAUUUGUCACAGACUCAGAAGAUCUCAUCUCGGCGUUCUCCCUGCAGCCCUGAAUCGUUCCCAUCUCUUCUGGACUCUCCACAGAGCUCCGACUCGACACAUAUCGAUGACUCCCAGGCUCAGCUGUCUCCAGUUUUCCCGCUGACCGGCUCCAAAGCGGAGGUCCGUGUAUACCGACUCAACCAGGAUCUAGUGGAAACCUGCAAGAGCUCCGGGUUUGUCUUGUGUUCUCAGGACAGUUUGACUUUGACUCAAAAUUCUGCUCAGCCCAGAAGCCCCAUAUUUCCCCAGAGUAACCGGGUGUCCUGUCCCAAAAGUCCUGUGUUCCCAGAAGAUGACAAGGGACAUGAAAGACAGUCGCAGUGGAGCCCCAAGAUUGUUGGGAGUCCAGUUGUCAGCAGGACUGCUGAGUGUGAAAUCUCUGCAGGGGCCUCUAAACAACCUCCCUGUGAAAACGCAGAGUUUUGCUUCUCCUCUCAGGAGAGUUUAAACCCCACGGUGGGGUCUUCACUCACCCAGAGCCCAGUCUUCCCUAAAAGUCCCUCAGAUCAGUCGUUGCUCCAUAAAGACCCCGACCGAGGACAGGUGGAGCAGAGCGAUGAACGCUCAGGGAGCCCCGCGUUCGGUUUGACUGAACCACAGAGGACUGACCAGCCGGAAAACCCCACAGAGCUCCGAGCUUCUGAGCACGACCACAGUGCCCCCGACUGUAGGAAGGGCACAAAGUGCGACGGCUGUCAAACUGCUGAGCGCAACAAACAUUCAUCUAAGUCAGAAGAGCUGAAUGAAAAACCUGAGGGCUGUAACUCUGCAGAGACCGAGCCGACGAGUGACACGACGCCGGUGUGGUCAGAUCAGGAUAAAGAUGACGUUACGCCAGCUGGUCCUCCUAGCCCGGUCUUCCCUGAAGAGAAAGCCGUUGUGCCGGGACUCAGCCAGCCUGGAUCCUCCCCGAAUCACUUGUCAGCAGAUUCCCAAGAACCAGCUGGGCCAGACUGCAGCCUGAAAUCCCAGGAAGGUGAUCCAGGCUGCGACAAACAUGUAUCAUCUGGAACCGUUUCUUCUUCUACGCCCACCAGCCGGCAGCAGGUUCACAGCCCGGGGCAGGAGCUCCAUCCUGGGAGCAGACAGGAGGGUGCCUGCAGGGGCUCAUCCCAACCCGGGGAACCGUCCGACAGCCAGACGAUUCAUUACUACUGGGGGGUUCCCUUCUGUCCAAGAGGCCUGGACCCAGACACAUACACCCAGGUGAUCGUGGCUCAGAUGGAGGUUUAUGAGAAGAGCCUGAAACAGGCUCAGAGGGGCCUGCUGAGGAAGGCUGAAUGGGGGGAGGCCGUCCAGCCGCAGCCAGAGAAGUCCCCGUCUCCAGAGCCACCAGCCGAAUCAUCUCAGGCUUGCGUUCCUCGAAGGAGAGGCCUCAGACUGAGAGGCAGCAAACGGAGCAAAGCUGCUGAUUUUCUUCCAGAUGAGGAGGAGGAGAAGAAAGACGAAGAGCAGCAGCAAGAAAAGGAAGAGGAGAAGGAGGGCGAUCAAGUACAGACAGAUACUGACGACUGUGAGGUUUGUCCAGAAACUCAACUGAGCGACAACGGCAGCACAAAAUUCCUUAGCUUGGACGCUGAUGCUGAAACAAAGCCUCAACAGAAAGGUCCUGAACUGCCUGAGAUUACGAUGAUUCUCAGAGACGAUUCUCCGACCAGAGGCGAGCCGCAGGAGCUGGAGCAAAGAAUAAAAACCACGGCAGAUUCAAAGACGAAGGAGGAUGUUUCAGGCUGCAGGGAAGAUGCUGGAGGACAGCCUGCAGGAGAGGUGGAGACCGUAAAGGAGAACAGGAGGGAUCCAGAUGUGGAGGAGAUGGAAAGCAGAGGUCUUCAAAGAUCAGACUCUCCUGAACUGGAAGCGGCCGUCGUCCCCCACAGCCCCGAAACCUCCGUCGACUGCCCCAUCUGUCAGGGCUCGUUUCCUGCCAGCGAGAUCGAGAUGCACGCGGCGUACUGUGAGGGAGAGGUGGCCAUGGUGAGCCAGAGGGGGCCUGAAAGCCAACAUUUCCAAGAUUCAGUGAAACCUCGCAGGAAGAGGAUGAGGAAAACAGAGGCAGCGUCAGAGGAAACAGCUCACCCUUCUGAUGACUGCAGGAGCCAGGAGAAAUGUUUCAUCUGUCAGAAAUCUGUUCCGCUAAAAGACUUUAGCCGACACACGGAGCUCUGCUUUCAGCGUGGGACAGCAAAGAGGGCAGCAAAGGGAAAUCUGCUGUCUGCUCUGGAGCGAACCGAGAGCAGGGACUCAGGUGCUGGACCGUCCGGAUCCAAAGUCCAACCAGAAGCGGUCAUCGAUCUGCGGGACGACGACGACGAUGAUGAAGAAGUUUCAGCGUACAGGAUCAGCGACUCUCCCAUCAGGUCAUUCACUCCCAUCUCUGAGGCCACUGGAUGCCUUAUCGACUUCAGGAAACAGCAGCGCACCAAGAAGCCGAGUCAAAGACGAAGAUGACGUCGUGAAGGGAUGAGAUGAAGCCUUCAAGAUGUUUAUUUAAACAAACCGAGCACUUGAACAUUUUAGAGGAAACUUGUCUUUGACUCUGUUGAAACCACUACCGGUGGCCGAUGUCAAACUACCUCCUCCUUUGUAUAAACAUUCCCUUUGUUACUGUAAUCCUGCUUUUAUUUACAUUUAAUGUCUUAAUCAAAGACAUCUGCUUUAAAAUAAAAUUUGGUUUUCUCUCUAAAACAGCCAGACGGGGCUGCAGUGCCUCCUACUGUCAGAAUAAAUUAUUACACACCUGCA